GAGCUGAGGGGCUUCAUAUCUCUCCCUCAUCAGCAUUUCUGUCUACCCGUGCCUCUCCCUCUUUCUUGCUUUCGUCUUAUGCGAGAGGAAGUGGCCAUGCUCUGCAGGGUGCAGUUGCUCGCAGGAAGAGAGAGAGUGGAGGGAGAAGGGGGAGGGAGCUCGGCGCCCGAUAACGCACUCAACCACAGAUGGUUGAGCGAGGCUGUGAGAGACUGGAGGAGUAAAGACGGGUAGGUGGAAGAGGAGAGUGGGAAAGAGAGGAGCAAGAGUGGGAGGAAUCAGGCUCUGAUGAUAUUGCCAAAGCAACGGAUAGAGGAGGGGGACGUCUUGCUGCCUUCUGCUGCUGCUCACUCCUGAGUCCCGCCACGGAUGGAUGCUUGAAGCAAAUAAACACCGACAUAACUGAGCUGCCUCUGUAACUAGGACAUGAAAUGUCGUUGGCUCCUUCGUGCCGACACUGAGCAGGACCAGAGCAGGAUGUGGAUUUGUGUGCAUGCCUUCAUUAGUUUGCGGUCAUAGCAGGUGCUCUCAGGUGAGCGGAGUUAACUUGAAACCAGCCUGUAAGCUGACUCCUUGACACCACGGUGCACCUAUGUGCGUGUGUUCGUGUCAUGUGUGACCGGGCGCAGGUCUCUGCGUUUAGCUGCAAAUGGCCAGGUAGCGGACAACGGCCUGUUUUUGACAACAGCAUCAGAGCGUUCUCGCACACACCCAGCCUGGAGGAAGUGACACGUCUGUGCUCGUUCUCGUAUUUCCUGCUCCCCUCUCCGGUGGCACCCAAAGUGCCAAAUCUGAGCCGAGUUCACCUGUUUGGCCGUCACAGGUGGGACUGGAACUCCCUGGAUGCAACGGCACAGGAGCCCUGACUUCUCCUGGAUGAGCAGAGGACGGUUUGGUGCGAGCGGACUCUGACUGUGGCCGGGUGUCACUUCAGCGCUGCGUUUUCGAGACAAUCCUACACUUCCUCAAGCUGUCAGCGUGCUGCCCCGGUGCCGCGAGCUGUGCCCGCUGAGCUCUCCAUGACUGUCAACGCGGUGCUGACCCCCUCCAUGACCAGCAGCAACAGCAUGAGCAGCGGGUACUGCAGCCUGGACGAAGAGAGCGAGGACUUCACUUUCUUCACAGCCAAGACCUCGUUCUUCCGGAAGCCCAAGCACGCAGCGAAGCCGAGUCAGACAAAGGAAGAAGAGGAGGGAGGAACUAAUGACCUAUCAGAAGAAGAAGUGCGGGCAAGAAUACAGGAGUAUAACGCCCAGGUUUCUGAAAAUGGAAUGAACCUGGCUGCAGACGGGUCUUACACAGGUUUCAUUAAGGUCCAUCUGCGGCUCAGUCGACCUGUGACGGUCCCUGCUGUGGAGGCCACGGACUCUGAGGGGGGGGCGCCCUGGCCAGGCAGCCGGCGGGCAUCAGAUGACCAGGACGAAACGGGCGGCGGCCAUUCUGAAAACAGGACCUCCUUCUACCUACCAUGUGACUGUGUGAAGCAGCUCCACAUUGGCUAUCUGACCACCACCAGAGAGGUCAUUCAGGGCUUGCUGAAGAAGUUCAUGGUGUUGGACAAUCCCCGCAAGUUUGCACUGUACAGGCAGACGCACCGCGACGGGCAGGACCUGUUCCAGAAGCUCCCUCUGUCAGAACGACCCCUCCUCCUGAGGUUGAUUGCAGGACCAGACCCAGAGAAGCUCAGCUUUGUCCUUAAGGAAAAUGAGACUGGAGAAGUAGAGUGGCAUGCUUUCUCUGUCCCCGAGCUUCAAAACUUCCUGGUUAUCUUGGAUAAGGAGGAGACAGAGCGUGUACGGGCAGUGGAGCAAAAAUACGCUAUUUACCGACAGAAGCUACAGAAGGCCCUGCAACAGCUCGACCCCUGAUGCCUCACCUGUUACCUUAUGUCUCCGACGCAGGAACACACGUACCCUUUGAACACUGACCUACCCCCAUACAACCCUGUGAUCUAUUCAGAGAGCAAAGCCAGAGCUGCGCUUGCCUCUAAUCAACAUGCAGACACAGAGAAAUCACACACAGAUGCUUAUCCUAUCUCAGGACUCACACACGCCCCUGACACGCAUACAAACAUCUAUCUGCUCCCUCAGGAGAGGAUGUGGACAAAUAGUGUUUUGAUUGCCAAGGACACACACAGGAAGAUCCGGGCUGUAAUUUCCACUUGGGAUCUCAUUUGGGACUGAUGUGAAUCAGUGACAUUUUUAAAGAAUCCCUGCUCUUCUGCUACUGCUGCUGCUGCUAUUGCAAGUGUUACUUAUGCAUGAGUCUGACUCAGCUCAUCUGUCCUGCACAUAGUUAGAAAUAAAACAGAAGGCAUGAGUAUUUUCUUUUCUGCAUCUAAGAGGGAUGGAAGGACACCUUUGCUCUUUUUCCCCUUUGGAAAAAAAUGCAUCUGUUACGAUAAGAUAUAUUAUUUUUGUCGCUGGAUACCUUGAUUUGUGAUAGAAGUGUGUAGUGUCAAGAAGCGAGGGGUUACAUUUCUUUCUGAGAGCAAAGAGGGGUGGAGGCAUAAGAAAAAAGAGAUUCAUUCUCUGAUUUUUUUUCUCAGGGAGCAUGAGUUGAGUAAAAAGAAAACGUGUGGGAGAAAAAGAAACACCCUCCUCCAACUCACACCAAUUUACUUUGGCACAUGCUUAUCUGUUCUUAUUUUGCCCCCCCUAAAAGCUUCUGCAUGUGAAAAGGCCUAAAAAGAGGAGAAUGACAUCAGGAAGGUCUUCGAUCACACCUUCGCUCUCCUUUGUCCUCCAUUAUACCCUGUGACAUGCUCACAGGUGGUAACUGUAACAUCAUUGGCCUUUUCAUCAUUGGUCUAAACCCCCAUCGAACCCACCUUGCAUGAACCCCGUCUACAGGUAAAGCUGCAAGACAGAGCCCACAUAUCUACCACAAACUAUGUCCCUGGGUGGCUUUUGAAUGUGAAAAGACUAUUGCACCAAAGUUUAGAGUGACACAUGGACUGAUGGAAUUAACAAUGCAUCAGAGACUAUUGGAAGUUUAUUCUGUGAAAGGAGGUGUUUGUAAAAAUCCAACCAGCUUCGGUUUUGAAUUCAUAGGUGCGGGUCAACGAGUGGUAGGCAUCUCUGUGGGACAGCAUGUAUUUAUGCGUUUCUUUUAUCUUUCUGCCUUCCACCCCUGUACAAAAACAAAGAAAAGACCCAAAAAUAUCUGAAAGUCACAAUUAUGGCUUUGAUGUACCAAUGAAGUGUUUGCAAUGCAUAUAAAAUGUGUAGACACUGGACAAAAAAAGAGUGACAUAGUUUAACUCUGUUGUUAUUAUGAAUUUUGACGUUUUAUUUUCUAUAUUCCUACUGGUUUGUGUGUGUGUGCGUGUGUGCGAACGUGCAAGUGUGAUGAUUAUAGCCAGUUGCGAUUAUGUGAAAAAAUGCUUUAAAAAUGAGUGUGUGCAUGUCGUCAGUGCUCCCUCAUCGAGAAUCUGAAGUGUAAAGGAGCCUCUCUUUUCGUUU